CCCUCUCCCCUUGCAAGAAAGAGUUCUAAUCACAAGCUUGGCUAAGCCUUACAACAUAUAGAUGCAAGCCGCAUAAAACACAGGCGAAGAAGUGCAAGUUAUGGAGCAUUAUUACCAUGUGUGAGGACGAAACCUCAAUUUCGGAGGUCGUCCGGGACCACGAAUAAACCUUCUAUAUAAACAUUAUCCUUCGUUUUUAAGUUUACAGCUUUUUAUAGUGGCUGUUGAGGUUUUGUUCAUUUUUGAAUAGUUACAGUAUUUACAUACAUCUUCCUACCAUUGUGCAAUUUAAGAAGUUAAUAUCAGACAAUGUAACUGUUGAGAAUUUUCAGCUGUGAGUUGCAACAACAGUCAAUAUCAAUUGCAGAUAACAACACUGUAGAAUUAUGACGAAAAUAUUAGAGUUAACUCGGUAUUUAAGCUUGUGUUCUGCUCUCAGCCAAACACACAGACGGAUAAGAUUUACAACAUUGCGUCAAUACAAUAACAAGAAUGCAAAGAUGAUACCCGCAACAGAAUGCUGCCAAGAGGAGAAGAGCAAACUCAAAGCAGCAGCUUCUCAAAAUAUACAAGUUGAAACUAUUCAAUACCAUAAGGAUGAGAGAAGCACAUUCAACAUUGAUGCACAGAAAUCAUACCAGCCAUCUAAAGGCUCUGAUACAAUAGCAGCUAUUGCAACAUCCUUGGGCGGGCAACCAUCUGCUGUUGGAAUUGUAAGGUUGUCAGGCCCAGAGUCUGUUACAAUUGUUGGAAAAGUAUUUUGUCCAGCAAAGAAAAAGAAUAAGUUAGAGCCAGUUUCAUGGCAGCCAAGAAGCCAUUAUGUAGAAUACGGCACUGUUGUUGAUGCAAAUCAAAAUCUUAUUGAUGAGGUCUUAGUUGUACCUAUGUUGGCACCCAAGUCGUACACGAAAGAGGAUGUUGUGGAGCUUCAGUGUCAUGGAAAUGAUGUAUGCUUACGACGCAUAUUGCAUACAUGUGUAGAGGCUGGGGCAAGACUUGCAGACCCUGGGGAGUUCACACUGCGUGCAUUUCUAAAUGGGCGCCUAGAUCUUUCUCAAGCAGAGAAUGUGGCCCAGCUAAUUUCUGCAAAAUCAGUGACCGCUGCAGAGACUGCUUUAGCAGGCAUACAGGGAGGAUUGUCUUCCUUAGUGCAAUCUUUGAGAAUGCAGUGUAUUGAAAUGCUGGCAGAGAUUGAAGCUCGUUUGGAUUUUGAUGAUGAAAUGCCACCUUUGGACACAAGAUUAUUGAUUUCUAGAAUAAAUGAAAUGUGGCAGCAAGUGCAUCAAGCCCUGGAAACUGCAAAUCGUGGUCAGCUACUCCAGACUGGCUUGCAGGUUGCAAUAGUCGGAAGACCAAAUGUAGGGAAGUCCAGCCUUCUCAAUGCAUGGAGCAAAAGUGAGAGGGCAAUUGUUACAGAGAUUGCUGGGACUACAAGGGAUGUUGUUGAAGCAGGUGUUGCUGUUCAAGGGGUUCCUGUUAGACUUCUUGAUACUGCUGGCAUACGGGAAACGGAUGAUUUUGUUGAAAGCAUUGGAGUACAAAGGUCUGAAGCAGCUGCUAUGGGUGCGGAUGUGAUAAUCAUGAUGAUUAGUGCUGCAGAGGGAUGGACAUCUGAAGACAGCAGAAUUUAUGAGAGGAUUAAACAAAAACAGAAGUUGUCAGGUGCACCACCAUCUCCAGCAAUUCUCGCUCUUAACAAAAUUGACUGCAAUCCAGCAGGUACUGUAAAAUUGCCACCUGCCAUUGGGGAUUCAUUCAAUAAGAAAGUAUCAACAUGUGCACCUAAAGGCCUGGGAAUCCAAGAUCUAGAGUUAGCCUUACUGGAAUUGGUUGGCCUUCAAAACAUUUCUGCUGGUGGUCGCCAGUGGGCUGUAAACCAGAGGCAAGCUGAGCAACUUUUGCGGACAGAGGAAUCUUUAGAGCGACUUAGAACUUCUAUUGAGCAGGACUUGCCAGUGGACUUUUGGACCAUUGAUUUGAGAGAGGCAGCUUUAGCUCUUGGGCAGAUUGGUGGUGUAGACAUCAAUGAAGAAGUUCUAUCAAACAUCUUUGGAAAGUUCUGUAUUGGAAAGUGAUUAGAUAAUUAUUUUGCAUGGGCUUGCAAAGUUUGAUUGGAAUAUUUACCAACUCUUUUUUUUUUAACUAAUAUUUGUGGUAGUAAUUAUAAAAAUUUGAGGUGGCCAUUUAGCAAAAGGCUAUCUAGUGUACAGGAUCGAGGGUCCAACAUGUUUAGCAUUUCUUCAAACAUAUUAUUCUGUGUUAAACAUAAGUCUUUUUAAAAUGAAGAUAUCAUUCAUGUGGUUUUUAAUAAAUAAUAUGUUAUUUGAUUUUGGAUUA